AGUCUGAAAAGCAUCACAGGAGCCUCUGGAUAAAGAUUCUCAGCCUCUGCAACAAGACUAUAGUAGAGAGGAUUACUGCUGAAUGGUGAAACAUGAAACAAAUGUGAUGAAGCAGCAUGGAGCUAAGGAGAGGAAAGACCUUCAUAAAAUCAAGUUUGCAGCUGACUUCUGAGAAAGCGCCAUUGGUGGAUGAGAUUCCUACAGACAAGGAUGAUCUAGGAAAAGGCAAAAGGGUAGCAGCCGAGGGGAACAAAAGCGAAGUGGUCCAACUGGCAAGUUUGGCCACACACAAAAAUGACCGAUUUUCUAAUACAACAACAAGGAGCGGGGCUAGUGAAAACAUCUUAGUGCCAUCUAGGUCUUCCUACAAACUGGUAAGAAAGAGUAAAACCCAUGAUUGUGUGAUAGGGGUAGACAAAACAGAACAAUGCAGCCACAGCGAUAAAGCUUACAAGGAGGGCUCCUCAGCUCCAGGAAGAAGUAAAGGGCGACUUGUCAAUAGCAUCAGCUUUUCUGGGGUGGGGAGCACCCUGAAUUCCAGUGGUAAGAAAGAGUCCGUGGUCAGCCCAAGCCAGUCCACUUGCAGCAGUCAGCAGAUGAUAGAUUAUAGAAACUUUGUGCCACAGAUGCCUUUUGUACCAGCUGUAGCAAAAAGCAUUCCCAGGAAGAGGAUUUCCCUUAAGAGGUCUAAAAAAGGGCUCCGGGAUAUAUUUCACAUGAAAAAAAAUAAACCAGAGAGCCUAACCCUGCUAGUUGAGAAGGGCAAGAGGCUGCCUUCUCCAGCGUGGAAGAGCGAGCUCUCAGGCAGGCUUGGGAAGUAUCUUUUCAAACCCAGAGAAAUCUUUGCAGCUGACUGCUUGGCACAAGACCUCUCCGACAGCGAAAUGCAGUCCGACUCCUCCUAUGACUACUGCAAUGCUCUGUGUGAAGAUGUCGCUUCUCUGAAGAGCUUUGACUCGCUCACUGGAUGUGGGGAAAUCUUUGCAGAUGAGAGCUCUGCUCAUUUGGAGCUGGAGAGCAGCAAAGAAGUGCUGGUGAGGCGAUCCAAGCACAAAGAGAGCCCUGCCCUGGGGUCUUUUCAAGGGGGGGUGGAACAGCUGGCGUCCCCUGCCCAAAACGAAGCAGCUGACUUUGCAAAAUUUUGGGACAACAUCAACAAGUCGGUGCGAUUACAUCAGAGCACGUUAUUUGAUAGGAGGUUGUUGAAGAUACCCAGUCCUGACUUGGGAAAGACUAAACGUGAAGCUGCUGCUUCAAUGACUGACCUGCUGGUGUCACCUGAUAAAGAUCCUGACAGUUCCAAAGAAAGCUCCGUAGAUACCGGGACACCAAAAAGUGACCACCAAGAAUCCACCUCCACCAGUGAUGAAGGAUACUAUGAUUCAUUCUCUCCUGGGCAGGAUGAUGAAAUGAAGGAGGCUCAGACUCCUGGGGUUCCAGGUCGAUUUCCCAGAGACAGUUACAGUGGCGAUGCCCUUUAUGAACUAUUCUAUGAUCCCAAUGAAGCCAAAAUAAGCCCAGUCCUAGAUGAUGAGCUGUGUAUGUCAGAAAGCAUUUCAGAACAGGCCAUUGAAAUCCCUUUGUCAAUUUACAGCUUUCAUGUGGGAGCAGAGGAGAAUAUGGCUUCACAGCCAGCUGUUGACAUCAUUAGCCAGGGGUUUCUUCAGAGCACAUGGAAAGGUAAGGAAUGCUUGUUAAAGCUCUGUGAUACUGAACUGUCACUGACCAUGGGGAUAAUAAACUGGCUACGAAAAAACCCGGGAUUGGUUUCCCCCACAGACCCGAUUAGGAGUCCUGAAUUACAGCUGGAAAAAAGUGGCGAUCCAUUGGUCUCCUGUAGUCCCAGUCUAUGCCAGAGUGAGCACGUAGCAGCUGAGGAGGAAAAACAAACCAAGGGAGAAACUGAUAUUUCUAAUCCAAAGUCUUCUUUGGCUGAUGACGAUGACACAGUCCAGAUGUGUUUAGGGGGCGUGGCUGAAAAAGACCAAAGGGAGGUUUCUUGGCCUCACACAGCUAGUGAGCAUUCUCACGUAAGAGAAGGAAACUGCCCUGAGGACUCAUGUACUGCGUCUGGGCUUCAGGAAGCCAACAGCACAUCAGGUAGUGUGCCAAGAUCACAAGCUAUUGGAGACACUUUAGGGACCCGUUUGUCUGAAAAAGAGAAGAUGCCAGUUUUAGGAGAUAAAGCCCCAUUAACAAGCGACCUGAACAUGGAGCCUGCUUGCCAGAGCUCUCAAAAUCCUUCAUUAAAUGAUAGCCAGGAAGUAGAAUCCUGUUAUUCUUAUAUGACUGCAGCAACUUCCCCAAUGGAUUCCCUAGAGACAGCAGAUGGCAAUAAAACAAUAUAUCGUUCCUUGUCUAUUUCCUGCGACAAGCCAAUGCAGCCUCUUACUCUGAGACAUUUUCAAAGCUACAUCAGCCCCACACAAAGGGACAGUGACACUACUAUAGUGCAGCUUCUGGAACGUUGUGUCACUCAAGUUGCAUCCUUAAAAAUCAGCUAUGAAAACAAACAUCUGGAAGACAAAUGCAUCGGGAAUGAAAUGAACAACAUAAUUUGUAAGAUGUCUCAAUACAAAAACAAAAUAUUGUUGCAAAAUGAAUGCAACUGUAUCACCCAGAGUUUAGAAUACCCUGGUCUCCCUCACACAAACCAAGAUAAUUAUGAGACAAGCCUCAAAGCCAGUAAUCCAUAUCAGUUGAAACAAAAUAAGGAAUUAAUUUGCUCUAAAGAUCAGAAACACAGAACAAAUAUCCUAGAUCAUAUGAGUCAGGUCACCAGGAGUAAGAUAAAUUUUGAAUAUGCCCAGCUAAAUAAUCAAGCCCUCUCUUACAUAAAAGACUUUACAUUUGAACCCAGACCAAGUGACUCUAACAGCAUGACACCCCUUAGUAGGCCAACAUUUUUACCUCUCUUCAACUCCGUUUGCUCGGCUGCACCCAAUGAUUUUUCACAAGCCUGCACAAACAGUUCACUGGACAAACCAUUGCAAAGUAAUGAAUCUAAGCAGUGCAGCACAACCUCAUGCAGUUACACAGAAGAAUACUACCAAGGACUCUCUGAACGGGCCACUCUUCCUAAUAACCCAGAGCUGACUACCACAGACAGAGCAGUGACUGGCAAGAACCAUCAAUGACACACCGGUGUCACAAGGUGCAACACUGAAGAAACCAGUUGUAAAUAAUGAUGGCUUUCCACCUGUGUGUGUAAAUGAGGUCAAACUGGUGUCAUAAGCAACAAGGAUUUCGCACCAAGGGACCCAGUGGAGACCCUACAGGGGAAAAAUCAUCCUACUCUGUCAUCUUAUUAACAAAUAUUGUUGGAGCUUAUGACACACACCCUUGAAUCCAGGUUUGCAAAUGGGCAAUAAACAUGCUCCAUUUUUAAAUUGCAAUGAAAUUAUGGUGAAAAUUGUUCCAUGACAUGAAUGAGUAAUGAAAUAUCUUUUGUCAUAUUGCACCAUAUGAUGAAGUCUUUCAGGCAACAAAAAAUGCCAGUAUGUUUUUUUUUAAUGCAAAUAUGUACCGAACAAGCAUUAACUUGGUUUAAAUAAUUUUCAUUCUUUUGGAUAAUGUAAAUAUUGUGAAUUUCUACUGAACUUCACAGAAGUGCUUAAUAAAUGUUAUUGUAAUAGUUUAAUCAUCUUAAACUUGAUCAUGCAGACUACAUUUGUAUGCUGAUAUUUACCACUUAGUUUAAAACAUUUUGUAAAUAUGGAGAUAAAAACA